AUGCUCGACAAGGAGUUGAGUCUAGGACGCAUCGCGGGCCCCUACGAAGUCCCCCCUUUCAAGAAUUUCAAGUGUUCACCCAUAGCUCUGAGGGAGAAGUCUACGCCGGGCAAGUACCGCCUCCUGCACAACCUUAGCUACCCUUACUCCCCUGACAGUGUGAACGCCAACAUCCCACGGGAAUCGACGUCCGUCACCUACCAGUCUAUCCAUGACGCGGUGACAAUGGUUGUCAGCCGGUCCCCGGGGGCUCACCUGGCAAAGUGCGACAUCGCAGAAGCUUUCAGGAUCGUCCCAGUACACCCGAGCGACUACCAUCUGCUGGGGUUUUCUUAUGGGGGCAAGUACUACUACGAGAAGAUGCUCAGCAUGGGAGCCGCCCCCUCCUGCCGGAUCUUCGAGUCCUUCUCCAGUGCCCUGCAAUGGAUCCUCGCCGAGAAGUACGGGGUCUGCGACGUCGUGAAGGUAUUGGACGACUUCCUCUUCGUCAGUUUCACGUUCGACGAGUGCCAGCGAAGCCUGAGGGUGUUCACUGCCCUCUGCGAGCGUCUGGGGGUCCCCUUGGCACCUCACAAAACGCAGGGCCCGUGCUCCUGCCUCACGUUCCUGGGGCUGGAGAUUGAUGCUCACAGGAUGGAAACAAGACUACCAGAGGACAAGAGAACGAAGUACACGGCAGCGGUCGAAGUCACGAUGAGUCAGGAGCGCAUCCCUCUCCGAGAUCUGCAGGCGAUCAUCGGGAAGUUGCAAUUCGCCACCGCGGUAAUCCCGGGAGGACGGGCCUUCUUGCGUCGUCUGCACCCGCUUACGCGAGGCCCACAGCGUCCCUCGCGCCUAUGCCAUUUGGACGCGGAGGCUAAGCACGAUCUCGUCGCCUGGCGCUCCUUCCUCACUGAUUUCAAUGGAGUAACAGUUUUUCCCCCAGAUGGCGGGUGGGGAAACGCCCCAUCACUUUCAAUGUGUGCAGAUGCUUCUUCCAAGGGUUAUGUGCAAAAAACCAAGCCAGAAAACGCCGGUAAUGAUGUACGUGACGAAGUGUUGACUCGGGAUAGUUUAGUGUUUUGCAGAAAAUAUUAG